GGUGACCCUACGUUUCGUUUCCCGGAGAGCCGUUCCGUCAACACCUUCGAAGAUGCGCAAGUGGAGGCCAGGGGUCGUCAUGCUCCGCUCGGGUAGACCGAGAGAAGAUAUUUAGUCUUCGCGCCCGCCCGGUCACCUGGAAUCAGGAGGGUGCUUGUCUUUCUUGGCUCAGCCUGACUAACAGGACCAGACUCUGAGCUUUGGCUGCAUUGGAACCAUGAAGUUCUCGGGCCGCACUGGGGCGACCGCCCUCGCGGCGUCGUUGUCGCUGCAACAAGCUGCCGCACAAAUGACCGCCGGAACCUACACCGAUGAAGCGACCGGUAUCACGCUUAACACGUGGACCGCUAACUCCGGAGGUGCCUUCACCUUCGGUAUGGCCCUGCCCGCCGACGCCUUGACGACCGACGCCACCGAGUACAUCGGUCUCCUGCGCUGCGAGCUCGCUGAUCCCGCCGCACCCGGAUACUGCGCCCUCUCCCAUGGCCAGUCCGGCCAGAUGUCGCAGGCGCUGCUGCUCGUCGCAUACGCAAGCGAGGGCACCGUCUACACCUCGUUCCGCUACGCCACCGGCUACACCCUUCCGCCGCUCUACACCGGCGACGCCAAGUUGACGCAGAUCUCGUCGUCCGUCAGCGACACCAGCUUCGAGGUGCUCUUCCGCUGCGAGAACUGCUUUGCCUGGAACCAGGACGGUGCCGAGGGAAGCGUCUCGACCAGCACUGGAAACCUGGUUCUCGGCCGUGCCGCCGCCACGUCGGACCUCGAGGGCGGCAGCUGCCCGGACACCGCCACUUUUGGCUUCCACGACAACGGCUUCGGACAGUGGGGUGCAGUGCUCGAGGGUGCUCCUUCGGAGUCGUAUGAGGAGUGGGCCGCUCUGGCCACCACCACCCCGGAGACCACCUGCGAUGGCUCCGGCGGCCCCAUUGCCGAGUGCACCGCUGCGCCCGAGACCACUUACGAUUACAUCGUCGUCGGCGGUGGUGCCGGUGGUAUCCCGGUUGCCGACAAGCUCAGCGAGGCCGGCCACAAGGUCCUGCUUAUCGAGAAGGGACCCCCCUCCACCGGCCGGUGGGAGGGAACCAUGAAGCCCGAGUGGCUUGAGGGCACCGAGCUCACCCGCUUCGAUGUCCCGGGUCUGUGCAACCAGAUCUGGGUUGACUCUGCCGGCAUUGCCUGCACUGAUACCGACCAGAUGGCUGGUUGCGUCCUCGGUGGCGGUACUGCCGUCAACGCUGGUUUGUGGUGGAAGCCCAACCAGUUGGACUGGGACGAGAACUUCCCCAACGGAUGGCACUCGAGCGACGUUUCCGCUGCGACCGAGCGCGUCUUCAACCGUAUCCCGGGUACCUCGCAUCCUUCCAUGGACGGCGAGCUCUACCUUCAGGAAGGCUUUGACGUCCUCACCGGCGGCCUUGCCGAAUCUGGCUGGACAUCUGUCGUCGCCAACGACGAGCCGAAUGCCAAGAACCACACUUUUGCCCACAGCCACUUCAUGUUUGCCGGUGGCGAGAGAGACGGCCCCUUGGCUACCUACCUCGUUUCGGCUGAUGGCCGUGAGAACUUCGACCUGUGGACCAACACUGCCGUCCGCCGCGCCGUUCGCACUGGUAGUCAGGUCACCGGUGUUGAGCUGGAGUGCCUGACCGAUGGUGGUUUCAGCGGAACUGUCAACCUCAACGAAAACGGCGGUGUCAUCUUCUCUGCUGGCGCUUUCGGCUCUGCCAAGCUCCUCCUCCGCAGCGGUAUCGGCCCUGAGGACCAACUCGAGGUUGUCGCGAGCUCCAAGGACGGCGAGACCUUCACUGCCCAGGACGAGUGGAUCAACCUUCCCGUCGGUUCCAACCUGAUCGACCAUCUCAACACCGAUCUUAUCCUCACCCACCCCGAUGUCGUCUUCUAUGACUUCUAUGAGGCUUGGGACACCCCCAACGCGGAUGACCAGUCGGCGUACCUCGACAACCGGUCGGGCAUCCUUGCCCAGGCUGCCCCCAACAUCGGCCCCAUGAUGUGGGACGAAGUCACUCCUUCCGACGGCAAGGUCCGCCAGUUCCAGUGGACUGCCCGCGUUGAGGGCAGCACCGAGUUCGUCAACUCGACCCACGCCAUGACUCUCAGCCAGUACCUUGGCCGUGGUGUCGCCUCGCGCGGCCGCAUGACCAUCACCACCGGUCUGGCCACCGUCGUGAGCGAGCACCCUUACCUCCACGAUGACUCGGAUCUCGAGGCCGUCAUCCAGGGCAUCAAGAACGUGCAGAACGCGCUGAACGUCAUCCCCAACAUUACCUGGAUCCUUCCUCCCCCCAACGGCACCGUCGAGGACUACGUCAACGGCCUGGCCGUCGGCCCCUCGAACCGCCGCGCCAACCACUGGAUGGGCACGGCCAAGCUGGGCUCUGACGAUGGCCGCACCGGCGGCACCUCGGUGGUGGACCUCGACACCAAGGUCUACGGCACCGACAACCUGUUCGUGGUGGAUGCCUCCAUCUUCCCCGGCAUGUCCACGGGCAACCCGUCGGCCAUGAUUGUCAUCGUGGCCGAGCAGGCGGCGGAGCGCAUUCUGUCGCUCAGGUCGUAAGCUCUCGAUUUGCGUCCACGUCAGGGGUCAGGGUAGCAAACGAUUCCUGUGAUCCCAGAUAGCGAUCAAAUAUACCAUUCUUGAAUCACC